AUGUCAAGCCUAGACCUCAGUGAGACUGAACUGUCUCCUCUCUCUCCUCUGCCCACCGAUGUUCAGCCCAACAAACAGAAUGCUGCUACCAAGGACCUGAUAGCUAUGCCCUGUUUGAUCUGUCUGGAAGACAUGGUUGCACCCAUCAGCGACAAAAUCGACGAUGCCUUUCACGUAUUUCACCAAGACGAAACCAUCGCUUGCCCUGUUUGCGACCAGAUUACACACAUCGAUUGUCUUACUAAUUGGUUUGACAAACCCCUCACCGAAGACCUAUGCCCACAUUGUAGAAAAGAGGUAUCGGACGAGUUUCUGCUCAAAAUCUUCACCCUCGUCAGAGGCCAGGAGGCUGCAACAAAAAUUCUACAGCGGAAGAAACAGGAUCGGGAGGAAGUAGCGGAGCUCCAGUCGAGCUUCCCCGACCACUGGCGGUUCCUUGUCUUUCACACUAGACAAGGAAUCAAUGUAUAUCCUCCCACAGACCACUUCAUGGACGAGGAUCAAGGUUGGUCAGACCAAGGGGAAAACAGUAUAUACUCUGACAUUCCCUCAACCUGGGGAGAGGAGCGAGAUCCUCCCGACUGGGGAAUUCACGAGGAGGACGACACGCCCCAAUUCGAGAGAGAGCGUGGGCCCGGCUAUUGGUAG